GUCAAAGUAUCGUCUGCUCAAACUUUCUAUUUUUCUGUCUGCAUCUGUGUUUACUUUAAUUACUCUCCUGGAAAGAAAUGGAAAAACUUAAAAUACUUGAAGAAAAACUUCGAGAAGCUGCGUGUAUUGGGGAUACUGAUGCUGUUGCUGAAUUACUUGCGAAAGGAAUAGAUCCUAAUGCCAAACAUAAAAUAAACGGCUGGACUCCACUACACUGGGCCUGCAAGAGAGGCCAUGUAGAUAUCGUCCGGAUCUUACUGGGCAACAACGCAGACAAAACUAUAGUAGCAGAGAAAGGUGAAACUCCCUUGUCAUUGGCAACAAAACCUGAAGUUCGUCAGCUUUUAGGUGCUGAUGGUUCAUCGCCUGAAGAGCCAAGUCUACCAAUAGCGCCCAACUAUCUGAAAAACCCUCCUUUGAAUGGGAAAGUCGAUCUUUAUCCAGUCAACGGAAUGAAUCAUCGCAAACAAAACGGAACUGGUGAACUUCCCCAUGCCGCCAGUCAUCCAGCCAAUGCUCAUUUAUCACCGAUUGAAGAAUUGGUGCUUAAGGUUCGUAUUGCGAACUGCGGGGACCCAGACUUUAUCGAGGUAGAGUUACCAACUACUGAGCUCACAUACUACACUCUACUGCGAACGUGUUGCGACGAGCUCGGCCUGACUCCCAGCCAAGUGAUUCGCAUCAGGAAACUGCCGGACACGGUGAUUCGCAAAGACAAAGACGUCCAGAGACUACGUAACUUCCAGGAAAUUGAGUUUGUAGCGACCGGUUCAAAUGGCAUGAGUAAAUCUCUUUCCAGCGGUAUCUUAUUUCCGGGAAGCGCAACUCCAAAUGGUUACCAAUCUAUUCAUUUGUAUAAAAACCAGACAAUUCUUUAUUAGUUUUAAGCUUUUCUGUUUAAUUUAGAGUGCAUUUAUUAUUCUUAACACGUUGAUUCGUUUAAAUAUUUUUAGUUUGUUAAUUAGUUUGCUUUGUUCUAGGAAUAAUUUUUUUAUUCAUACUUGGGUGGUAAAUUUUCUGCUAUUUCCAUUUCAAACAUUUUCUGAUACAGUGUAAAAAAAUAAGAAGAUUGAGUUAAAAAUGUAUACAGCGCAAUUAAGUUUCUUAAUAACGAGAGAAUUUUCUUCCACAAUUUCUAUGUCAUUAUUUAGUUGAUAAAAACAGUUUUAUGAUUUCACAAAGAAAACACUUUUACAUUUUAUUAAAAAAGGUUCAAAUACCUGCUAUUAGGCAAUCCAA